CACCUAAGGCACCUGUGGCCAGCAACCUUGCCUCUGCAGGCACCAGACUGGCAUGGAUGCAGAAAGAUCGGCCUCACACUCAAAAGCAGUUUGUCUUUGAAAAGCCAUCAGAGGUGGAGCGCAGAGUUCCUGAGGCAGGUGUGAUAGACGAGCCUGGUGUGUAUGAGCUCAGCAAAGCACCAACUGGCAUUUCUAGGAUUCACCUGAUUCCUGGCUUUAUCGACUCAGAACAAGCAGACUGGAUGUUUGAACAACUCCUCCAAGACAUACCCUGGGGUCAGCGAACUCACAUCAGACAGGGAGUAUCGUUUGAAGAACCACGGCUUACUUCCUGGUAUGGGGAACUUCCUUACACGUACUCCAGGAUAACAAUGCAGCCAAACCCAGAA